AUGUAUGUCCUUGAACUUUCUCUCCCUCUCUUGGUUAUCAUCAUGUGUUUUACUUAUUCUACAUGGUGGUACCUUAGUAAUAGAUGGUGGAAAUCAAGCUCAGUGCCAACAAAUUGGCCACUAGUUGGAAUGUUGCCUGGGCUUAUUCGAAAUGCUCAUCGUGUCCAUGAAUUUGUAACUGAUGCUCUUAUAGAAACUAAGGGAACUUUUGAGUUUCAUGGUCCUGUUCUUGCCAACUUGAACAUGUUACUUACUAGUGAUCCUGCAAAUAUCCAUCAUAUCCUCAGUAAAAACUUCUCAAACUAUCCAAAGGGUGUUGAGUUUCGUAAAAUUUUCGAUAUGUUAGGAAAUGGAAUGUUCAGUGUUGAUUAUGAGCUAUGGGAGAUGCAUAGGAAGACCACCAUGUCCUUAAUGAAUCAUGCCAAGUUCCAAACUUUGUUGGAGAGGAACAUGUGGAACAUUAUCGAAAACAGGCUCCGACCGAUUCUUGAUGCUUUUGCUGAACAGGACACCCUGUUUGAUUUGCAAGAUAUUUUCCAGAGAUUCACUUUUGAUGCUAUCAGCAAAUUGUUACUUGAUCAUGAUCCGAAAAGUUUGUCUAUUGGCUUACCUCAUGUGCCAUGCGAAAAGGCGUUCAACGACACUGUGGAUGCACUUCUUUACAGACAUCUCUUGCCAGAAAGUUGCUGGAAAUUGCAAAAAUGGCUUCAAAUUGGUAGAGAAAAGAAGCUCAUUCAAGCGUGGGAAGCUUUUGAUCAGUUCUUAUAUCCUUGCAUUUCGCGGAAGCAAGAAGAAUUGCUGCAUCAAAGUACAAUCAAAGACGAGGAAUUCACGUUUUUAAACGCGUACAUCAAAAUGUAUAAUCAAUGGAAAGAUGGUGAUUUGGGUACUUUGCAAACAUUUCUAAGGGACACUUUCUUGAGUUUGAUGCUUGCUGGUAGAGACACCACAAGUGCAGCUCUCACUUGGUUUUUUUGGCUCUUAGCUGAAAAUCCCUUAGUAGAGAAAAAGAUUAGAGAAGAGAUUCAACAACAAUUCAAUCUAAAAGAGGGCGAAAAUCUCAAGUUUUUCGAAAUAGAAGAAGCAAGAAAACUAGUCUAUCUACAUGGUGCUUUGUGUGAAACCCUGAGGUUCUUUCCAUCAGUUGCAAUUGAGCAUAAACUUCCACUUGAAUUUGACAUUCUUCCGAGCGGUCACCAUGUUAGUCCAAACACGAGAGUUGUGCUAUCGUUCUAUAUGAUGGGGAGAAUGGAAAGUAUAUGGGGAAAAUAUUGCUUAGAAUUCAAGCCAGAGAGAUGGAUUUCUGAACGUGGAGGGAUCAAACAUGAGCCAUCUCUGCUGUUUCCGCCGGAGAAGCAGGCGACUGGUGGCGCUGCUGUUACUCUCUGUUUCGCCAUCGCUGCUGCUUGCUGGUGGCUCGCUGGAGCUGGCCUUCGCUGCUGCUCGCCUCUUGGAGCUGCUGGUCGGACAGCAGCUUUUGCUGCUCGCUUCGUCCGCCAAAGGAGAGUGAGGAGGUGGACGGAGAGAGGUGGGGAAGAAGGGAGAGAGAGGGGAGCAACGAAGAGGGGGAGAGAUGGGCGGCUGCCACCAACGAGUGGUGGUGAUCUCGCCGGAGAGCAUAGAGAGGAGGGGCUGCUGCUGCUUCAAUAA